AUGGACGAAAUACUCAAAUCCCGGAAGAUGAGUUCUGCUUCUGCCCGGAGAAGGAAGUUCCAAGAACGCCAACAACAACAAGCCUUGGAGGUUGAGAGGCGGCAACAACACAAGAGAAGGAUUAUGAUGUACGAUCAUCUGGCAGAGGACGCCGACGAGGUGGACAAUGUCUCUGCCGAUGAAAACGAGGAGCACUUUGAUCGAGAAUCAUCGGUCGAUACUCCAUCGGAGAGAAGCGUACUCACACCGGACGAGUCUCUCGAGAACCGAUCAACAUUCCGCGGUCUUCACAAGGUCGAGACCUCCUCCAUCACACCACUCAAGAUUCACAUUCCUGAUGUGGGGGACGAUCAUGACAUGGGAAUAAAUGAAGAUCGAAUUAUAGUACCGCCCACACCAAGUCCAAUUCUACAAGCCUCUCUAGCCACGAUCUCCGAUUUCCGAUACGAUCGAUACUCUACAUUGCUAGAAUCACCUCUCUCGGACCUCAUGAGCCCGGAUCUUGACACAGACGAGACCUUUUCGCCAAUCGAGACCGCCACGCCUAUUGCAUAUCAACUACCGAAGACUCGGCCUUCCUUGAUAUCAAUCACAACAAAUUCCUCCAUACGGAGUAAGAGACGAACACUUUCGACGCAAAGUCCUCUCUCUCAGACCAGGUCACAAAGCAUUGAAAGGCCUACAAAACGCCAAUCUACGACCAGUACGCACUCGGAGUUUCCUGCUGCUGAGGCGACGCUGUUCGAGGUCCCUGACCUUCCAGCAAAUGCUUUUCACAUGAUUGCCAACGCCAGCCAAGAAUCCUUGCUACUUUCAUUCAAUCAACCAAGAGCUCGAGCCGAACGCCAAUCCAGUGUUCCCCGAAUAUCGACGGCACUCAGCCAUGCGCGAGUCAGCAGCAUCAAGAGCUUGAUCAAGACACCUACAUCAGCAACCCACAGUCGAUCAUUUUCACGCACUUCCACCCAUGCCAGUCGGCCUUCGACCGCCAGCAUGUCUGGUACCGAUGGAUUUAUGUUGAGAAACACAGCAGCCAGCAGCAGCACAACCAAUCUUUCCUUGAAGCAACGACGUCUUACAUCUAUGAGUAUCUCAUCAAUUGGAUCCAAUUCCAAUCACCACCCUAUGACUGCUUUGCCCUCGCUUCCCACUCCUCCAGCGGACGAGUCCAUCAGUGAUCCACUCGCGGUUACAAAAUCGAUGUCGAGGAAGAAAUCGUUUUCUGCGUUACGCCGAAGGAGUGAGAGCAUAGGACAAGCGAUCAAAGGCCUAGGAAAGCCCAAUACCAAGCAUGACGUCCCAAUGCCCACGCCAGCAAUUCUGACACCAAGAAUCCCCAGCAAGAACACCCUCGAUCUUUCUGGCUUUCCCACCCCUCCAAUGCCUUCACCCCGGAUGGGAAAGGGCAUUACAUCCUCAUACAUCUCACCCAUGGAGAGGAGCAGCAGUGGAGCUAUUGGGCUAGGUUUGAGAAGCAUGGAAGGCUUUUGGCAGAAAUGA